AUAGAAAAAUUGAUAAGAACGGACAAAAAUUUAUUGAUGACAAUAUAUGAUUAAUUGUGUGUGUAUACAAAUGUACUACUAAUUAAAAGGAUAUUAACAUUUGUACAAGGAUAAAGGGAAAAACAAAAUUUAAAAAGAAAUUAAUUUUUUCGUUUAAUUUUUUUUUUGAAUUUUUUAUAAUAAAAUUAAAAUUUUAAAAUAUUUGGAAAAUUGAAAAAAAAAUAAAAAGAAUUAAAAAAUGAGUUUCCGUCGACAAUCUGUUCAUAAUUUUUCACCAUAUCAAGGUGCCACAACACCACUUCAUAAUCCAAUAAAAACAGAUUUAAGUGGUAUACCAAAUUUGGAACGUAAAGGUUCAUUAGUAAAACCAACAUGGCAAAAUGUUUCACCCGGUCAAGUAUCAACAAAAAUGCUUGAUAAAGUUAAUGGUAUUGAAACAGAUUUUACAACAACAACAACAAGUAAUGGCAGUAUUAAAACAUUGAAUAAUAAUAAUAAUAUUUGUGCGAUUGCUCCAAAAGAACAAGAAAUUUUUGAUAUUUUUGGAAAGGUUAUGCUUCUCGGUGAUUCAGGUGUUGGAAAAACAUGUCUCUUAGUCAGAUUUCGUGAUGGAACAUUUUUAGGAGGAAAUUUCAUUUCAACAGUUGGAAUUGAUUUUAGGAAUAAAGUUGUGACUGUAGAUCAUACAAAAGUUAAAUUACAAAUUUGGGAUACAGCAGGACAAGAACGUUUUCGAAGUGUUACACAUGCUUAUUACAGGGAUGCUCAUGCAUUACUUCUUUUGUACGAUGUAACAAAUAAAAUCAGUUUUGAUAACAUAAGAGCUUGGUUAGUUGAAAUUAGAGAAUAUGCACAAGAAGAUGUUGUUAUAAUGCUUUUAGGGAAUAAAGCUGAUGCUGUUGCUCAUGAUAGACAAGUUAAAAAAGAAGAUGGUGAACGUUUGGCUAAAGAAUACAAUGUUGCAUUUAUGGAAACAUCAGCAAAAACUGGAUUAAAUGUUGAAUUAGCUUUUGUUGCUAUUGCAAGGCAAUUGAAAAGUAGAAGGAGUGAUUCAAUAGAUGAAUCAAAAUUCAAUGUUGUAGAUUUUGUUAAUGAAAAAGCAAAUCAAGAAAAACAAACAUGCCCACCAUGUAACAUGUAACAACAUCUCUUGUCAGAAACAUCAUGAACAACAACACAGAAUUUUUACAUCAGCAACAGGAAUAAAAAAAAAAAAAUUUAAAUGAAAUUUUUUUUAUUUUACAAGAUUUUUUAAUAUAUAAAAAAAAUUAAAAAUAAAAACAAAAAAAGUAAAAAAAAAAAAAAUAAAUACCAAAAAUGUAAAAAAUACCAAAGACACACAAAAUGCACACAAAAACAAAAAAAAAAUAAAACAAAAAAAUUAAACAAUAAUAUUGUUAAACAAAAAUUAUACAUACUUAUAUACAAAUAUAUAUAUAUAUGUAUAUAUGUACGUACAUGAUAUAUAAACAAAAAUAUAUGUACAUAAAAAUAUUGUGUAUGUAUGUAUGUAAAAAAUAUGAAUUUAAGAAACAGAAAGAAAAGUUUAUUUUUAAUAUUGUUAAUUUAAACCAAUUAAUUAGGGGCCAUUUAACCAAAAAAAAACGCAAAAAAAUAAAAGACAGAAAUAUAAAAAUCUUAUAUUACCAAAAUAAAAAAAGAAUGAAAAUUUUGUAUUUUGUUUUUUAUAAAAUAUAUUUAAUUUUUUCUAUUUAUACUUUAAUGCUAAAAAAUUUAACAACUUUUUUAAUAUAUAAACAAAUUUUCUUCUAUAAUAUCAAUAAUACUGAAAUGAUAAUUACAAAAUUCAGUAUUCAUUUAAUGAAAGAAUCAUUAGGGAAUUGGAAACCAAAAACCAAUAGAACAAUAGAAGUACUUACAUAAUAUUUAUCGUCUUUUACAACUAUAAUAUUGCCAUUUGAAUUGAAGGACAAAACUUUCUUAUUUCUAAUAAGAAACAAAAUUGAACACGAAAAAAAUUCAGUUUCAUUAUAUUCAAUAUUGUCAUUGCAAUUAUCAUAAUUAAUAACCAUAUACUUGGAUCCUAUUGCACCAAUCUCUUUUACUUUUCAAAUUUUUAAAAAAGUAAUUUUUAGUACAGCUGAGUUUUGACUCUCAUUUAAAAUUUAUUAAAAUAUUAAUUAUUUUGAGCAAAACAAAAAAUACAAUGAAAUUGGUGUUAUGUCGUUGGUAUUAAGACGACUGUUUUUAGAUUCAAAUACAGUUUAGGUAUAGUAAAUAUUUCCCGUGAUUUGAUUAAAUUAUAUUUGAAUUAGUAUAUCAGCUACACGAAAAACUAUUCCAAUUAAAUCCAAUUUAUUCAAAAUUUUUCAAUUGUUGUUGUAAAACAACAUUAUGGCUGAGUACAAUGAAUGAACACUGGUACAACCAGAAAAGUUUAAACUACUUAUAGUUCAACUAUGAACAAGACUUUAUAUCAUUGUGUUUAUACAUCGUUGUAACAAACGUAGUUUCCCAUGAGUACGUGUGGAUGAAAAUAACCUUAAAUCAAAUAGAUUUACUUGGUAGAACAAAAUUUUCUUUGAUUGUUUAAAAAUUCAACUCGAAAGUUAAUCGUUAAUAAUGAAAAAGAGUGAAAAAGAUUUUAUGUAUGCAAUCAUAAAGAAGAUUUAUAAUAUUAACAAAGGUUUACAUAUG